AUGUAUAUUUCAAAGCCUCCAAAGCCAAUUGACCGACAGAAAACAACACCUUUUUUACUUAGAAUUUUCUGUAAAAAUGGAGGAUUUCACUCGAUCGAAGAAUUUCAGCCAAAAAGCCAGCCAGUUGGAGAUGAAGUUCAAAUAUAUACAUGGAGAGAUGCAAGUCUUUAUGAACUUGCACAGCUUAUUUCUAAGGCAAUUCCUAAUAAUAAUAGCACACGACUUUCAUUUCGUCUUAUAUAUAAUGAUAAUUAUAAGGAAAAGUAUUUAACAAAAGAUAUCGGUAGUGUUCUACUUUAUUCCAGAGGAUUAGAAGCAAAUAGAACACUUGACGACGUUAGAUUUUCUAUAGGAGACUGGAUUGAUGUAGCAAUCAAUAAUGAUGAAGGACCCAAAGCUCGAACACUAAGUAGAGGUUUUGAAAGAAGAAGAACAAAUACUUUAAUGAAAAGAAGGAGUCAUCCUUAUCCUGAUCUUCCACUAGGAAGAGAUUGGAGAAAAAGAGAUGCUGAAGGAAAUCAUGGACGGGAACGGUUAGAUUCUUAUAAAGCAAGAUGGUAA